AUGAGUAUAUUUGAAGAAAGUUAUUUGGAACAUGAUAGUUGUAAAUUCCACACAUUCACCUAUACAGAGUCACCAAAAGUUAACUACAGAGGAGUAGUGAUUAUUGUUCAUGGAUGGAGUGAACAUAUCUUAAUGUAUAAAGACACAGCGAAAGUGCUAUCGUCAAUGGGGUUUCACUGUUUUGCUUAUGAUCAACGAGAAUGUGGUAAAACUAAAGGUAAGUAUACGAACAGUGAAUGUUAUAUUGAUGAUCUUGACUUUAUGGUUAAUUGUAUUUUAGAGAAGAAAAGUAAAGGUCAAAAAGUACAUCUUUUGGGACAUUCUAUGGGAGGUGCUGUUGUACUUGAUUAUCUUCAGAAAGGGAAAUGCCGGAACAAUAUUGCGGCAGUUAUUGCUUCUGGACCUUAUAUUCGACAUAAUCCUAAAACUGCACCAUCAAUGUUAGUUACACUACUUUUGGAUAUAAUAGCUUAUAUUUUCCCUAGCUUCAAAUAUAGUGAAGCCAAGUCCCUUGAAAAUUAUAGAAAAGUAACAACCAACAAAGAAAAACAAUUAGAAAUGUUUAAUGAUGAUUUAUGCAUACCAUCGUCUUCAAUCCGAAUAAUUGCAGAUAUGUUCCAUAGGGGGAAACGGCUAUUGAACUCUGCACCUACAUAUUCAACAAAUGCUAGAAUGUUGAUUUUACAAUCUCAAAAUGAUGAAAUUGUUAGCUCCUUAGCACUGAAGCAAUUCAUUGAAGGAUUACCCAUAAAAUGUAAGAAAAUUGUUAUGUUUGAAAAUUCAGGUCAUUCAUUACUACUAGAAAAAGAAUCUACAGUUAAAGAAGCAUUUGCAAUUAUUGAUGAUUUUCUUAAGGAUAAUACUAUAUAG